AACUAUUUCCAACUUUUAUUAAUACGCUUGCUUGAUAUAGUUUUGAUACGGCAUUUAAAAUACAUUUCGAUAUGUGUUGUUUUUCCAGUUAUUUUAACAUGCGCAAUCUGCUAGCAUCAGCAUUUAUUCGGUUCUCAUGUUAGGGUUUAUAUUUCUAUUACAGCUUUUAUUCAUUUUUAUACACGCCGUAUUUUAUAUUGAUCUACGAUUGCAUCCUUUAAAAUCCCGCGCGGGGGGUUCGUCGACGCCAACUCGUGCCGCUCCCACGUGAGCUCGCUGGCACGCGUCCUCGAGCGACCUCGCGGCCCGGCCAAGCUUUUAUACAUUUGGAUAUGAUUCCUGCCGGCCGCAUCGAAAAGAAAUCGACUGAUUACUCGCGUUAAUGUUUAACGCGAGGCGGUAGAACGCCGAAGGCCCGAGUCGCGCGGCGCAUUAUCCUUCGCCAUGAGCACCUUCGCGCACGUCCUCAAGGAGAUCGGCGAGUUCGGCCUGUUCCAGAAGCGCCUGGUGGCGGCCUUGUGCGUCCCCAGCGUCUUCGUGGCCUUCGACAUCAUCGGCCAGGUCUUCACGGCGCUGGACUUCCCCAACUACUGCAACACCGACUGGAUCCUGGAGCGAGCGGACGCCAACCUGACCCGGGAGAGGCAGAAGGAGCUCACCGUCCCCGCCGACCCGGACGGAAGCUUCCGGAGCUGCGUCAUGUACGCGCCGGUGGACGCCGACCUGGAGACCAUCGAGCUGUACGGGCUGAACUCCACCACGGGCUGCCUCAACGGGUCCGAGUUCGAGGUGCCGACCGGGGCGUCCAGCAUUGCGACGGAGUUCAAUCUGGUGUGCGACAGAAGCCCGAUGAUCGAGGUGUCCCAGUCGGUCCACAUGGCCGGACUUCUGGUCGGUGCUCUCGUGUUGGGCGCCAUGGCUGACAGGUUCGGCCGGCGCUUCGUCUUCUUGCUCGGCCACCUGAUCCUUCCCCUGUCGGGCAUCAGCGCCGCCUUCGCUCCCAACGUCUACGUUUACAUCGCUCUCAGGUUCAUGUGCGGACUGGCCCUGUCGGGCCUCAUCAACAACGGAUUUGUGAUCGCGGGCGAGUGGUGCGAGUCGUCCAAGUUCGCCAUCUGCACCAUCGUCAGCCACAGUUUUUACCCCGUCGGCCUGAUGGCGUUGCCCGGUCUGGCCUACCUGAUCACCGACUGGAGGAUCCUCCAGCUGGUUUUCUACACGCCUUUUCUUCCGGUCCUGGCCGUAUCGCUCUGGAUUCUCCCCGAAUCGGCUCGCUGGCUCAUGACUCAAGGGCGGAAGGACGAGGCGGUGAAAGAAAUCCGCAAAGCGGCAAAAGUCAACGGGAGGGAAGUGUCGCAGGCGCUGCUGGACAAGAUGGAGAUGGAUUUGGCGACACCCAAAAAAGGGAACUUGCUGGAUUUCUUCAGGAUCUCCUACCUGAGAAGACGAGUUCUCGUCAUGUGCUACAUCUGGUCCGCAGGCAACGUGCUGUACUACGGUCUGAGCCUGAACGUGGGCAACUUCGGGCUGAGCAUCUACCUGACGCAGUUCGUCUUUGCCGUGGUGGAGCUUCUGGCCCGCGUGAGCUCGCUGCCGCUCAUCCAACGUUUUGGCAGGCGACGGUGCGAGGCCGUCGCUUUCCUGUUGGGGGGCGCGGCCUGCUUGUCCCUCCUCGCCGUGCCUAAAGAACUUCCUGUCGUCACGACGGCCAUCGCCGUGUUUGGAAAAUUUGCAUCCGGCGUGUGCUCGUCCAUCCUGUUCGUCUACGCGGCCGAGCUGUACCCGACCACGCUAAGGCAGAGCGGCCUGGGCCUGAACGCCACCUGCGCCCGGACGGCGGGCAUCCUCGCGCCCCUGAUAAGGCUGCUGAACGGCUACCACCACAGCCUGCCCAUGCUGGUCUACGGCGUGGUGUCGGUGGGCGCGUCGGGCCUCUGCCUGCUGCUGCCGGAGACCCUCGACGCCGAGCUUCAGGACCACGCCCUGCGACCGGGAGCGGAGAAAGGCCCCACCGAGGGCGGGUACCAAACGCAAGAGGAAAGCCAGGACAAAAGUACCGCCUUGUAGUUGCCGCGGGGACGGUGGCUCUUAAACAUGUCUGCGAUCCUUCGUCAGCUCGUCAUCGUAAUGUGGUUUUUUUUUU